GCAAAGGCCGCAAGGACGCUGCGCUCCAUCUGGAGAAAAUAACACUAAUCUAGAGUACUUUCUCCGUUAGGGUCAUGCAUCCGAAACCAUGCGUUUAGGUGCAGCCGUGUGCACGGCAUGACACCAGAGAGGAACGAGCAGUACAGGUGAAAUAACACUUGUGUACCCCAAGGCGACAAAGCUUCUGUUUUUGUGCCUUCGGCUUGCCGACACCGGCGUCUACCAUGGGAAAAGACGCAAGAGCAAAGCGCACGUUUCGAGAAGAAUGGAGAAAGGACAAGAAACUGAGCGGAUGGAUUUCGUCACGUGACGGCGGAACGACUGCUCACUGCAAGUACUGCAAUUGCAACAUUCGACCCCACUACAGUGAUCUGUUGAAGCACGCAGAAACCAAAAAGCACCGCGAGUGCGCAGUAAUCCCAAGUUCGCAACAAAAACUGCCGCAGCUUCUAGCGUCUUCGAGUCGAACGUACUAUGAAAAGGCUCGCCGAGAGUUAAGGAUCGCCUUGUACACUGCAGUGCACACUUCCAUAAAUGCUGUCGACGAACUUGGUGAGAUUCUGCAUUCCGAAUUCAAUGAUUUUGAUCUGCACAGAACGAAGUGCACGGCUAUAAUUACGAAUGUUCUCUUCCCGUACUUCACGGAAAACAUGGACAAACAACUGAACGGCUCCAGCUAUUCUCUAAUGGUGGAUGAAUCAACCGAUGUAUCCACGACAAAGCAACUUUGCAUGGUUGUGCGGUUUCUGAGUUUAGAAGAAAACAGGAUUGCAACCACCCUUCUUGAUCUCGUAGAGCUGUCUGAUGGAACGGCAGAAACGCUUCACGACACGGUAUUGAAGACGUUGGACAAGCACGGCCUAUCGAUCAAGAACUGUCUCGGACUCUGCACCGAUGGUGCAAAUGCCAUGUGCGGCAAACACAAUUCUCUGUUCAGUCGUCUUAGUGAGGACAACAAAGACUUGAUUCUGAUCAAAUGCUCUUGCCACAGCCUGGACCUUGUGGCAUCCAAGUCGAUGGAGGCGAUUCCUUCUGCGGUUGAGCACUUAGUGCGAGAAACCUACAACUACUUUGCACACAGCAGCUGCCGGCAAGAUGCUUAUAAGAGACUGUAUGCCAGUAUGACAGUGGAAGAUGAAAGUGCAAAUCCACCGCCCAAGAUUCUGUCGCUUUCGCAGACGAGAUGGCUUGCUAUUGCAGACUCUAUAGAAAGAAUUUUGGCGCAGUACCAGUCUCUCGAAGAGUUUUUUGAGAAAGCAGAAGAUCGCAGCUACAACGUGCGCAUUUUACGAGAGAUGUAUCGAGACAGAAAAAAUUAUGUUUACCUCGUGUUUCUUGCCUCAGUUCUCCGUAACGUUAGGCGAGUGAACAAAAUGUUCCAAACAAACACAACUGACCCACUGGUUGUCUUCCAAGAGCUAGAAAAUUUGUAUUUGGAAUUUCUUAGGCGGAUUUUGAAUCCAUCAGUUUUGAAGCACAACACAACGGCAAGUCUGCUGUCGCUAGACCUGGCAAAAAUGAAGUCGAUUUUCCUGCAACCAGAAGUAGUGGACCUAGGUGACGUCUUCAGAGAGAAGAUUUCACUAGUCCCUAUUGAAGACGAACGGGCCGCGCUGGACGCGGUGGACCUGCUGCGCCGCUACUUCGGCAGCCAAGAAGACGGUGCAGAUGGGCUUGAGACAGCUGCUGCUGCCGAGAAGGCCGUCCUUCGGUUAAGGAAGACACAGCAGCGAAGCAUAACCGAUCAUUUUGCGCCGUCAACAUGA